AUGAAGCUACAGGUUAACGCUGUGGCGUACGCAGCUAUGGCUAUCCUUGACACCGAACCGUUGUGGCGAGACGCGCGACUCGCGGCUACUUACGUUGCAGGCUUGUCUGCGAUCGCGUUCUUUCUGUCAAUAUUGCACGGCGCACUACGCCCUCGCCUGUCAACGAGUACCGGUCCAGUCAACACCUCUCACAAGUCCACCCCAGCGCAUACGGCGUCGCCUGGAGGUAUCACCAUCUUCGGACUCAGGUUCGCUCGAACUCUCUGCGUACUCGUCCUACUGGCGCUCCAUGCAUUCGACCUCGCGCGCAAGACGGACACUCAUGCAUCAGGAUCUGGCGACCGUGGUGCUGCGCUUGCUCUCGCGCUCACACUCGCAUAUGUCUACGCGUCUACACUCGCUUUGGCAGAACUUACGUGCUCGAGCGCUCACAUGCGCAUGGCGUCACCGCAUCUUACGCUCAUCUUGCUCACCGGCUUUGCGGUCUAUGCAUAUCGCAAUGUCUGGCCUCUCAUGACAUACACGCUCAACCCAGUGGACUCGGAAGGCGCUCUUCUGUGGGUCAAGAUUACUCUGCUUGGAGUAGCAGGCAUCGUUAUCCCGCUUAUCACUCCACGGCGAUACAUUCCUGUCGACCCAGAGCGCCCGACUGAAAAGCCGAACCCCGAACAGACUUGCUCUCCCCUUUCGCUCCUUCUCUACAGCUUCCUUGACAAGACUGUCUACGCUUCUCAGCCGAUCCCCGGGAUAGCCGACUGCGACCGUGCCAAGCACUUGGUGGAGCGCAACUUCAAGUACUUGGACGUGUUUUCGGGAGCGAAGAGGCGGCAUGUGUUCUUUGCGCUUAUGGUGUGUUGGGAGUACAUCUCGCUAGCUUUCUUGAUGGUCCUCAGGGCCAUCGCCUUGCUGCUCGCACCCGUUGAUAUCAACCGUCUUCUAGCCUAUCUCGAAUCGGACGGAGAUGACGCCGUCGUUCGACCGUGGGUCUGGUGUCUCGUCAUGUUCCUCGAUCCGUUCGCAGGCGCCAUCGUAACUCAGUACUCGAACUUUGUGACCACAGCAACACUCGUCUGCGCCAAAACGAUGCUCACUCAACUGAUCUUCGAGAAUGCCCUGCGUAUGCGCGUCAAGUCCGAGCCGGCCUCUUCUUCACCAAUAGGGACCAAUAAGAAUGACGAUCUGUCUGGCAAACUGAAUAACCUCGUCACUUCGGAUUUGCAGAACGUCGUCAACGGACGCGAUUUCCUUGUGGUGGUGAUCUUCACGCCUACGACUGUCGCAAUCUCGCUGUACUUUCUGUACGGUAUCCUCGGGUGGAGUGCCUUCGUCGCUUUAGCAGUGAUGCUCGCCAGCCUGCCCCUCCCCUUCCACCUCACACGCGCCCUUCAAACCGUGCACCGCACCCUCAUGCAAAAGACCGAUGCGCGCGUGCAGAUCGUGUCUGAGAUGACAGGAGCGUUGAAGAUGGUGAAGAUGUUUGGAUGGGAGAGGAAGAUGGCGGAGAGGUUGGAGGGCAAGAGGGAGGAUGAGUUGAGGUGGUUGAGGUGGAGUGGGUUGAUUGAGUUGGGCAAUGAUAGUGUUACGUUAGUGAUACCAGUCCUGCAGAUGACGGCUACCUACGUGGUUUUUACAGUCGUCAUGGGCGGAAAACUCACGCCAUCGAUCGUCUUCCCAUCUAUGUCCGUCUUCAUGCUCCUCCGCCAACAAAUUGGAUCAUUCUUCUACUUCGCCUCGCCUCUCACCAAGACCAAGGUCUCGCUCGACCGCAUCACCGAUUUCCUUCGCGAGACCGAACUUCUCGAUCAGUUCACUUCCGAAGAUGUCGUCUCCUCCACCGUUCCACUGCAGGACGACUCAAACAUCGGAAUUCGCGACGCCUCCUUCACCUGGUCCACAUCUCCUUCGCCCAACGCGUUCACCCUCCGCGUCCCCGGCUCGCUUACCUUCGAGCGCGGGAAGAUCAACAUUAUCACUGGCCCGACCGGAUGCGGCAAGACGAGCCUUCUCAUGGUGCUUCUCGGCGAGAUGCACUUUGCGCCGCUCAGAUCCGGCGCACAAGUUAGCCUUUCCCGCUCUGGCGGUGUCGCGUACGCUGCGCAGGAGAGUUGGGUCAUGAGUGGCACUAUUCGGGAUAACAUCCUGUUCGGGGCGGAGUACGACGAGGCGCGGUACAAGAAAGUGAUCUAUCAGUGCGCCCUCAAGCGCGACCUCACGGUCUUCCCCGCUAGCGACCGCACCGAAGUGGACGAGAAAGGCCAGACGCUCAGCGGCGGGCAGAAGGCAAGGAUAACGCUGGCACGCGCGAUCUACUCCUCAGCGGAUGUGUUGCUGUUGGACGAUGUGCUUGCUGUUCUGGAUGUCCAUACCGCGAGGUGGAUUGUGGGGAAGUGUUUAAAGGGCGCCUUGGUUAGGGUAAGGACUGUGCUGCUCGUCACGCAGAACAUCGCGCUCGUGGGCCCCAUCGCGAACUUCGUCGUCGCGUUUGGUGCCGGCGGCGAGAUCGUGGCGCGUGGUUUCCACGCCAAAGUAUUGUCCAAGGAUCCCGCGCUCGUGGCCGACGAGGCUGUCAUCUCCGAGGAGGUAGAGGAGAGGGAUGAUAUCGAGGGCGAGGAGGAGCCCGAGACGGAGUAUGUGGCGGAUGGGACGCUUGUCGUCGAUGAGGUAGUGGCGAAGGGGCAUAUUUCCUCGCGCGCUUUGAUGCUCUUUUGGACCUCCCUCGGCGGCGACCAUCCGGUCCUGUUUUGGUUUAACUUCGUCAUCGGCAUGCUCGCGUACCGUGUACUAGCAGACCUUCAGCCGUUCUGGAUGGGUUGCUGGGCUGACGCAUACGGUGUACCUGGCCCCCUGAUGGACGCCAUCCUCGGCACUACCCUACGCUGGGUCGACUCUACGCCCUCUUCCCGUAUCAUCACGCGCUGUACCAAGGAUAUCAAGGCAAUCGAUGGCCAACUCGCCUUUCAGUUCAAGUGGCUUGUCAGUGUCAGCGCCCAGCUGAUCGUUCAGCUCGUCGCCGUCGUACUCGUUGCGCCCGCGAUGCUCUUACCCGGCCUCAUCAUUCUGGCUCUCGGCGCCUGGGUCGGGAACGUGUACAUGAAGAACCAGCUUCCGGUGAAGAGGGAGAUGAGCAAUAAGAAGGCGCCCGUUCUCGGUCACUUCAGCGCCGCUAUCGCUGGCUUGCUAUCAAUCCGUGCAUACGGUGCACAGGAGGAUUUCCGGCACGAGUCGUACAGGCGUAUUGACGAGUACACCCGCGUUGGCAGAACACUAUGCAACCUGAGCUGCUGGGUUAGCUUGCGUAGUGAUACUCUCGGUGCUCUUCUAUCGUCGACGCUUGGCGCCUAUAUGGUCUAUGGACCUGGCGCUUCUACGAUCGGCGCCUCGAACGCGGGUUUCGCGCUUGCUAUGGCUACUACUUUCAGUCAGCUGAUCUUAUGGCUCGUACGCGUCUACAACGACUUUGAGGUCGAGGGCAACAGCCUCGAGCGCAUACAGGCGUACCUCGAGAUCGAACAGGAGCAGAAGCCCACCAUCGAGUGUCAACCUCCCGCGUCCUGGCCCUCGAGUGGCGAGCUCCACGAUGAGAACCUUUCCGCGCGCUACUUUCCCGACGGACCCGAGGUAUUGCACGGCCUCAACUUCAACAUGAAGUCGGGCGAACGCGUCGGCAUUGUCGGACGUACCGGUAGCGGAAAGAGUUCUCUGACACUCUCGCUACCACGGUGUAUCUUUACCGAGGGGAAUGUGCGUUACGACGGCGUCGAGACUGCCAAUCUGAACCCCGACGAGCUGCGCGCGAAGAUCGUACUGAUGAUUCUCAGGGAAGAGUUCGAUCGCGCGCAGGCUGCGAUCCUCGAGAUCGAUGGUGGCGGACUCGGUCUUCUCUCGUGGUCGUUCGAAGGCGCCGAGGACUGGUUCGGCGGGCGUAUCCAGAUCAUUACCGCACCACCUCCGCCGGCGGACGCCACGCAAAAGCGCAAGCACUACGAGCCGCCGCUCGAGCUGUUCGCGAGGAAGUUCGUCUUGAUGGGUCGUGUCUUCAUCCCGUUCGACGCGAAGGAUGGGCACGUAUAUGCUGUUGAAACGGAUGAGGACUACGAGCGGGAUCCUAUACCUGAUAUGGGAGACGGACUGCGGCAGCCCUUCUGGGAAUUCAUCAAGAAGCACAACCCUUUGGCACUUAACUACCGACAGGCGUUGAGUAAGUGGGCUACGAGGUUCGACCUCGGACUGUCAACCUCAAUCCCUGUGCUUGAGUUUGACGAGGAGAACAUCGACUACAUUGAAGACGUCGUCCCUGACGGCGUCAAACCUGGUAGCAACGUGCCGACCGAACAAAAGAUGACCGAUGGUAUCGGCUUCAUGAACGGCGCAGCUCUUUCAGCAAUCGCAAGGCGUAUACAUCUUGCCAAUCGACCCGGCGCUGUUCAAGGUCGUGUAGCAGGCAGCAAGGGUCUCUGGCUACUUCACCCAACCGACCGGUCUCUAGACGAACCGCCUCGCGUAUGGAUCCGCCGCUCCCAACAGAAGAUCAUUCUGCACGAGCUCAGCCGCGCCGACCGCAUCUUCGCCCUCGUACAGCCUUCGCGCGUCUUCACGCCCGGGCAUCUUGGUAUGCAACCAAUCUUGAACCUCGCGCAUAACGGUGUUCCUGCUUCAGCGUUCGAGGACCUGAUGGGCACUAGUCUGCGCGCGGAGGCAGAACCAUUCACCGAUUGGACGCGUCCGCACGCGAUGCCGCUUCUUUGGGCCGCCGCCGCUCGAGCAGGCAGCGUGCCUUCGAUACGUCUGCGUCGUAUACUUCCGGAUGGCACGGCACGCGCUAUGGGUCUUGCAGGCAGGCUUGACGCCGAGCGCUCGUACACCGCAUCCGGAGGGACCGUGGACACGGUCAUCGAGACGGAGAGCCAAUCCGACGUCGUUGAACUAGACCCAACAUUCAAGGUUGUUGUAUCCGGAGAGCGCGGUCGCGGCGCGCCUGACAAUCUCCAUGAGACGGUCAUGGAACUCAUUCAAGCCGGAUUCACGCCUCAGGAGUCGGGGUACUUGCACGGCAAAGUGCGAUUCAUCUUGAAGGCUGUGAUCGAGGGAUACGUGAGCAAGUACCGUAUUCUGGUACCACGCUCUGCGGAGGCGUAUAUUGUGGCUGAUCCGUUCGGCUAUCUGGCGGAGGAUGAGGUCCACUUCCGCUCGUCGAAAGAGCUGGGCGAUCCUCUUGUCGACUCAGACCCCUUCCUCGUUACGGGCGACGUUCUGAUCAGCCGUUAUCCUACGACAGUCGCCUCGGACAUCCGCAAAGCACGAGCCGUUACGCAUCCUGCGUAUGAAAGCUACGUGGAUAUGAUCAUACUGCCUAUCCGGGGUCCCCGCUCCUUCGCGAGCUGGCUAGGCGGCGGCGAUUACGACGGUGACAUGGCCAUGAUUACAUGGGAGCCGACACUCGUCGAACCCUUCAAGAACGCCCCUCAGAUCGUUGAGCCGGCGCCCGGCUUCAUAGAGAAGAACUUUGACUCCAGCGCGACGACCGUCCAGGACUUCGUUGCACGUUUGCAAGGUGACCGCGCGGCGCUUGGGACCGAACUCCUCGAAACAUUGCUGUCAGGCAUGCGAGACCGGCGCGUAGGCCUAUACGCGCGCUUCCACGACCUCGCUAUCUGGCGGUUAGGAUAUGGUCACCCUGCCACGGAGCGAUUGGCACACAUGUUCGUCACUUGUCUGGACGCGAACAAGACAGGUCUUCGCACCCUGGACCACGUAUUCAGGGCGGAUGACCUGGCUUGGAAGCUCCAGAAUCUGCCGGCGUGCAUGGCGCCACAGGUCAAGGGAGCGUAUGCGGGCUUCUCUGAGGGAAGCCCCUUUAUCCUUGACCUCCUGCGAAGCCGUGGGCAGGCAUUGGAGAACGAAUUGCUCGGUGUGUACGACCAAUCCGGCCUUAACUUCACGCGCGACGAUACCCUACUCGAGCCUGCUCACCGCGCAGAGCUGUACGCUCGCAAGAUGCAACGUGAUCUCAGGCUUGAUCUAUGGGUACAAGAUCUCGACCGCCUUCGGGAGUUCGUCGACCGGAUUCGCAAAGAGUGGCCGUCGGCUUCCUCGAGUUCUCCGCGGAAACCGCGAAGCGCCGAAGACCGUACGGCAUCGAUUAACGCUCUAGCGCGUCGCUUUGAGCAUGACGCUCCGCGACUGGAGAGUUUUGCACUUUACUCGGCCGCAGAGCUAGCCUCACUUCGCGCGUCGUUCGCCUAUGCCGCUUGUCCGCAGGGCAACGAGACAUUCGCUUUCGCUGUCGCCUUCUCAGACUUGUGUCGCAUCAAGGCCAGUGCUGACGAUGCGGCUGUCAUUGUGAGGAGCAUUGCGGACGUGCUGACGAUGCAACGGUCCACGCGCGCGGCACUAGGAGGCAACGUCGUGAGCUCACAGCCGUCGGCGUAUUAUUUCUAUGUCACAUCAAUCUAG